CCCACCCAAUUAAAUACCCCUAAGAUAAAAUCACAAUAGACAAAAGAGAAAGAAAAAAAAAGAAAAAAGGAAAUUCAACCACAACCUUCGUCUUCUCUUCAAAACUCUCUCCCUCUAUCAUAUCUCUCUUUGAAGAAAGAUCCAAAUUCGAGUUUUAUAGUAUGUCAGGAAACUCUUCAGGACCGUUAGAGAGUUCGGGUGGCGGCGUGGGCGGUUCCGGUGAAGAGGAAAAGGAUAUGAAGAUGGAAGAAACCGGCGAAGGAGCCGGCGAUGGAGGAAGCCGGUGGCCAAGACCGGAGACUUUAGCUCUGUUGAGAUUACGUUCGGAGAUGGAUAAAGCUUUUCGUGACUCUACUCUUAAAGCUCCCUUAUGGGAAGAAAUCUCCAGGAAAAUGAUGGAGCUUGGUUACAAGAGAAGUGCAAAGAAAUGCAAGGAGAAGUUUGAGAACGUUUACAAGUACCAUAAACGUACCAAAGAAGGUCGUACCGGGAAAUCCGAAGGCAAAACGUACCGGUUUUUCGAAGAGUUAGAAGCUUUCGAGACUCUCAAUUCCUAUCAACAUGAACCUGAGUCGCAACUUGCGAAAUCUUCUGCAGCUGUUGCGACCGCAGCCAUAACCACUUCUUUGAUACCAUGUAUUAGCUCUAACAAUCCAUCAACCGAAAAAAGUUCUUUACCGUUGAAACAUCAACAUCAGGUUAGUGUACAACCCAUCACCACAAACCCUACCUUCCACGCCAAGCAACCAUCUGCUACGAUGCCUUUCCCUUUCUAUAGCAACAACAAUACUACUACUGUUAGUCAGCCGCCGUCAAUUUCGAAUGACUUGAUGAACAAUGUUUCAUCGCUGCAUCUUUUCUCGAGCUCAACUUCUUCAUCUACUGCAUCUGACGAGGAAGAAGAUCAUCAUCAGGGAAAGCGAUCGAGAAAGAGGAGGAAGUACUGGAAAGGUUUCUUUACAAAGCUGACAAAAGAGUUGAUGGAUAAACAAGAGAAGAUGCAAAAAAGGUUCUUGGAAACAUUGGAGAAUCGCGAGAAAGAGAGAAUCUCAAGAGAAGAAGCUUGGAGGGUCCAAGAGAUAGCGAGAAUCAACAGAGAACACGAAACACUAAUCCAUGAGAGGUCCAAUGCUGCAGCUAAAGACGCUGCAAUCAUAUCAUUCUUGCACAAAAUAUCCGGAGGACAACAGCAACAACCGCAACAACAGAAUCAUAAGCCAGCACAAAGGAAACAAUAUCAAAGCGAUCAUUCAAUAACGUUCGAGAGUAAAGAACCAAGGCCGGUUCUAUUGGAUACAACAAUGAAGAUGGGGAAUUACGAUACCAACCAGUCGAUAUCUCCUAGUUCUUCAAGAUGGCCUAAAACCGAGGUCGAGGCCUUGAUAAGGAUAAGGAAGAAUCUUGAAGCUAACUAUCAAGAAAAUGGUACCAAGGGGCCAUUAUGGGAAGAGAUAUCUGCAGGAAUGAGAAGAUUGGGGUACAAUAGAAGCGCAAAGCGAUGCAAAGAGAAGUGGGAAAACAUAAACAAAUACUUCAAGAAAGUCAAAGAGAGCAACAAGAAACGACCACUUGAUUCCAAGACUUGCCCUUAUUUUCACCAGCUCGAAGCUUUAUACAACGAGAGGAACAAAAGUGGGGCAAUGCCACUGCCAUUGCCAUCGCCUCUAAUGGUAACUCCACAGAGACAGUUGCUUCUCUCACAAGAAAACCAGACUGAGUUUGAGACUGAUCAGAGGGACAAAGUUGGUGAUAAAGAAGAUGACGAAGAAGGAGAGAGUGAAGAAGAUGAAUACGAUGACGAAGAAGAGGGCGAAGGAGACAAUGAGACAAGUGAAUUCGAGACUGUCUUGAAAAAAACAUCUUCACCUAUGGAUAUCAACAAUAAUCUUUUCACCUAAUUAAGUGGUUUUAUAUAUAUUCUUUUGUAUACAAUUCUGUGCUAAACUACACAAUGGGGUUGAAGAAAAAAACAAACGUAUACAACAAAUGUAAGUAAAAUGGCUUGAUUUUUUUAGUUA